GGCACCAAAAGCAAAACAUCAUGAAAUACGUGCUUGUGUCUGGCGGCGUCAUCAGCGGCGUGGGGAAGGGUAUCAUAGGUAAGCUCUUGUGACGUGCGCGAGAAAUCUCACGCGAGUUCGAGUCUGCAGGGCUUUUGUGGUCUAUGCAGAGCACAUCAUCCUCUCUAGGAUCAUGGCUCUUAGAGCGUUGCCGAACUGCACCACUGCACAGCAACUUAUGCACAGGAAUCUUCGUUUUAUGUACCGCUGCUAAUUGACGCGUCACAGCCUCGUCUACGGGCCUCUUGCUCAAGACGAUCGGUCUCAAGGUCUCGUCGAUCAAGGUCGACCCAUACCUCAAUGUAGAUGCAGGGACUAUGAACCCGAAGGAGCAUGGCGAAGUGUUCGUCCUCUCCGAUGGCGGCGAAGUUGACCUCGAUCUCGGUAACUACGAGCGCUACCUCAACAUCACCCUCACACGCGACAACAACAUCACCACCGGCAAGAUCUACCAGCACGUCAUCGAACGGGAGCGCAAGGGCGACUAUCUGGGUAAAACCGUUCAAGUCGUCCCACACAUCACCGAUGCGAUUCAGGACUGGAUCGAGAAAGUCGCGCGGAUACCCGUCGAUGACUCAGGCGAGGAGCCUGACGUCUGCAUAAUCGAGUUGGGAGGUACUGUGGGUGAUAUUGAGAGCAUGCCCUUCAUCGAGGCUAUGAGCCAGCUCAGGAGACGCGCGGGCAAGAACAACUUUAUGCAGAUUCACGUCUCGUAUGUGCCUGUUAUUCACGGCGAGCAGAAGACGAAGCCUACGCAGCAGGCCAUCAAGGCGGUGAGGAGUAACGGUCUGAUCCCGGAUCUGAUUGCCUGCCGUUGCGAACGCGAACUCGAAGCCUCUGCGGUCGAGAAGAUUGCCCACUUCUGCCAGGUCGAAAACGAACAAGUCCUGGUUGUGCGUGACAUGCCGUCCAUCUACCAAGUACCCAUGCUUCUCGAGCAACAGAGAUUGAUCCCCAUGGUCCGCCAGUUCCUUGCUCUUGAGCAGACCUCUAUCUCGCCCUCAAUGCUGCAGAAGGGCAACCAUAUCUGGGCGCAAUGGCAGUCGCUUACAGGCCACGACAGUCGCUUUCACGACCCGGUGACGAUUGCACUGGUCGGAAAGUACGUUGAACUCCAGGACUCGUAUUUGUCAGUCGUCAAGUCGUUGGAACACGCCACGAUGCGAUGCAGGAGGAAACUGGACAUUCGCUGGGUUGAUUCAGAUCACCUGGAGCCUAAGUGUCAAAAGACAGACCCUGAAAAGUACCACAAGGCUUGGCAUGAGGUUGUCAAGGCAUCUGGUAUCCUUGUGCCUGGCGGUUUCGGUCAGCGUGCCACAGAGGGUAUGAUCUCGGCAGCUACUUGGGCGCGUGAGCACAAGAAGCCAUAUCUUGGUGUCUGUCUAGGCAUGCAAAUCGCCGUCAUUGAGUACGCUCGCAACGUUUGUGGUAUCAAGGACGCAACUUCCGAGGAGUUCAACGGCGAUGCCCAGAACAAGCUCAUCAUGUUCAUGCCGGAGGUCGACAAGACGACCAUGGGCGCAUCGAUGCGUCUGGGUCUCCGACCGACUCUCUUCCAGCCGGGUAGCGAGUGGUCUAAGCUCCGCGCUCUAUACGCUGGCAAGGAAGAGAUUCUUGAACGUCACCGUCACCGCUACGAAGUCAACCCCGACUACAUCGAGACGCUCGAAAAGGGUGGCUUGAGCUUCGUCGGCAAAGACGACGCUGGUGUACGUAUGGAGGUUAUUGAAAUCAAGGACCACCCCUGGUUCGUUGGUGUCCAAUUCCACCCGGAAUACCUCUCCCGCGUCUUGGACCCAAGCAGGCCUUACUUGGGCUUCGUCGCUGCCAGUGCCGGUAUGCUUGAAGAGAUCACUCGUGACUAUCAGAGUGGUGCGGCGAACGGCCUCAGUGCGGAAGGUAUCGCCAAUGGUGUGAAUGACAUGAAGAUCAAUGGCGAUGCGAGCUUUUAGGUGCAACCUCGCAUUUGUCUGUCAUCAGGCCAGGUACCACUCUGCUGAGCAGGUAUAUCAGCAGCGACGGAGAACUGGAAGAACGUAACUGAAGUAGUGAUCAGUUGGGCUUGGAUGAUUUGCUUUUGGAGUUAAGAAAUUUGGGUUCAAUGGAAAGGCUUAUGUAGUUACGGAAGAAGCAGUAACUGGCGAUAGACGAUAUUGACGUGGCAUAUGCAUAUGAUACCUAGGAAGUAAAAGAGGCAACAUUCUGAAUGUAGACCAUCAUUACCAAU